CAUCAAUAUUCUUAGGUGACCUCGUCUAUUUUAAGUAAAAUGUGGCUAAAACUAUUCAGCUUUUGUUUUGUUGCGACUACAGUACUCUCAAUAGAUUUAAAGGAUGUAGAAUUACCUCCUGAGCACAUUCCUUACUUUUUCAAUGCUUUUCCAAAACUUGCUAAAGAUUGUGAACAAAAUCCCGAAUGUCCCUAUAAAGCAGUUGUAGGUAAAAAAGUUUGUUGGGGCUAUGAACGUGAUUGCAACGUAUCAAAUUCUUACCACGUGAGACCGCAAUGCCCUGGAGACCACCGUGGGUGGGUGCAAACAAAAGAUGCGCAGUACGAUACCUUCUACACGCAAGCUGAUUUUGGAUAUGUAAAGGAGCAGAUAGAAGAUUCAAUGGUCAUGUGUGAGGCUUCAUUUCAAGGUGACUCUUCUUUGGAGUGCUCUAAAUAUUUAAGAUUCUGCCGUGGAAGAAACAUAAUGUUGAACUUCACUGGUCUAGUGGGCAGAGGCGACAAUUUAAGAUACAAAACAGAUAUAUUGGCCCGUGGACAAAUAGGUGGUUACUGCAACUUUUACAAAGACAGGUUGCUAAAAGAAUCAGAACAUAGGAGCGCAUUGCAGUCUUGGGCUCCAGAACUUAUCAACUUUGUUCAAACUCCAGAGAAACCUAUUGCAGCUGGAGUAUGUGAUGUUACCAUUGACAAACCUACAUAUAUUAUGAAAAUUGAUGCUACUGUGAACAUGUAUCACCACUUCUGCGAUUUCUUCAACCUGUAUGCUUCACUCCACGUCAACUCAACACACCCCUCUACUUUCUCGAAAGACAACAACAUUCUGAUAUGGGAAACUUUUACAUACUAUUCAGCAUUCCAGGAUGCUUUCAAAGCAUUUACAAAAAAUCCUAUUUGGGACUUGAAAGAGUUUAGAGGAAAAGUUGUAUGUUUUAAAAAUGUUGUGUUUCCACUUUUACCAAGAAUGAUAUUUGGACUUUAUUAUAAUACUCCUUUAAUUUAUGGAUGCGACAGGAGCGGAUUAUUCCACGCAUUUUCAAAACAUAUUCUACACGGGUUAAACGUAAAACCUCAGCUGCGAACCAACGAUAAAAUACGGGUUACUUUGCUUUCAAGAGGCACUACAUUUAGAGCUAUAACGAACGAAAAUGAGAUCGUGGAAGCGCUGUUGAAGGAGAAGAGUUAUCACUUUCAAAGAGUAGUAUAUGACAAAAAUAUUCCUUUCAUCAAGCAGUUGGAGAUAACGCAUAAUACGGACGUUUUUAUAGGCAUGCACGGCGCUGGACUUUCUCAUCUACUGUUCCUACCCGAUUGGGCAGCAGUUUUUGAAGUAUAUAACUGCAAAGAUCCGAAUUGUUAUUUCGACUUGGCGAGACUGAGAGGAGUGAAAUACGUUACUUGGGAAAAUAAAGAUAAGAUGAUCCAACAUGAUCACAAGGGCUUGGGUCCAGAUCCCGAAAAGGCACACGCGAAGUUCACUAACUACUCUUUUGACGUUAAGGAGUUUGUACGACUAGUGGCAAAGUGCGCAAAGCACGUACGUAACCGACGAGACUUCAGGAACUUCAUAGACGCCGCCAACUUGAAAGGCCAACAUAUUGAACUGUAAACUUAUAUUGAGGUAUUUAUUAAUAAGGGCUGCUUUAUUAUUACACAUACAUAAUCAUGACUUAAUAAUCGAUUUUAAAAAAUUGUAACCUCGUAGUAUCGUAACUCAGUAUUCACAAACAGUAUACAGGCCGUCUCACGGCUAUGCCACAAGGAGUGAAAGUUCCUUCAAUACCGUAGUAUUUAAUAUAGAGAAUUUUCUUGAAAGAAAACUUCAUUUCGGUUUUAAAAACAAUUCAAACAGCAUUCAAAGAUUUUUAAAUAAUCGCC